AUGUCGAAAUCUCGCAGAAAUGUCAGGUUCCAACACCGGUCAAAUGACGAGCGACGCCUCAGUGUUUCCUCCGACGUCAGCGAUCCCCAAGAGCCCACUAGCCCCAGCAAAAAUGGGAAUGGGGGUAAGCCAGCAACCAUAAUGGAAGAGAAACCGCAGUCCGAGUAUGAGAAGAAGAAGCAGACCUUCAUCACCCGGACGAUAUGGACAUUUGUGAUGAUCGCCGGUUUUUUCGUUGCGUUGUUCUCGGGUCAUAUCUACAUUAUUGUCCUCAUUACUGGCAUUCAAAUCAUCUCUUUCAAAGAAGUCAUUGCUAUCGCCAAUAUUCCUAACAAGGAGAAGAACUUGAGGUUCACCAAAUCGUUGAAUUGGUAUUUCUUGGCGACCACCAUGUACUUUUUAUACGGAGAGAGUGUGAUCUACUACUUCAAGCAUAUCUUGCUCGUUGAUAAGGUGCUGCUGCCGCUGGCGAAUCACCACCGCUUCAUCAGUUUCACGCUUUACGUCAUGGGAUUCGUGUUCUUUGUUGGAUCUCUGCAGAAGGGACACUAUCGAUUCCAGUUCACCCAGUUUGCCUGGACUCACAUGGCUUUGUACUUGAUUGUUGUCCAAGCUCACUUUGUCAUGAACAACAUCUUCGAGGGCAUGAUUUGGUUUUUCCUUCCUGCUGCGCUGGUCAUUACCAACGAUAUCUUUGCCUACGUCUGCGGUAUUAGCUUUGGACGGACUCAACUCAUUCAGCUCUCUCCCAAGAAGACUGUCGAGGGUUUCGUCGGCGCGUGGAUCUGCACUGUCGGCUUUGGUUAUUUCAUGACCAAAUUGCUGAUACAGUACAAGUACUUCAUCUGCCCUGUGAACGAUCUCGGAUCAAAUAUUCUGACUGGUUUGGAAUGUGUUCCGAACCCGGUCUUCGCCGCGCAACCUUACUCCCUUGAGUUCCUUGGCCUGGACAAGACUUUCUGGGUGGAGCCUAUCCAGUUCCACAUCUUGGCUUUCGGCACUUUCGCUUCGCUGAUUGCUCCGUUCGGCGGAUUCUUUGCGUCUGGAUUGAAGCGUACCUUCAAGAUCAAGGACUUUGGCGAGUCCAUUCCUGGUCACGGUGGUAUUACUGACCGCAUGGACUGCCAGUUCAUCAUGGGCUUCUUCUCCUAUAUGUACUACCACAGCUUCAUUGCUAUUUACAAGGCUAGCGUGGGCGAUAUCAUUGAGACUGCCAUCAACGGUCUCACAGUUGACGAGCAGCUCGAGGUCGUCCGUGGCUUGGGCAAGUACCUGUACAACCAGGGUGCCGUCUCGGAAUCGAUUCUGGAGUGCCUCGUCACCGAGCUGAAGCGCCGAUGA